AUGAUGGGCAGGAAGAUGGUGUCUGCUAUCAGGGUCGUUCAGGUAAUCAAGCCACAUACUCCAUUAAUAAGGUUCCCUAACAGAAGAGACCAUCCUAAACUCACUGUAUCAGAAGUUUUGAGAUCCUCAGGAUUACCAUCUCACUCUUCUUCAAUUUCACAGCAUUUUAAAGGAAGUGAAUCGCCAGAUUGGCUGGUGCAUCAGGGUCCACCAGACACUGCAGAAAUAAUAAAAACCUUACCUCAGAAAUAUAGAAGGAGACCUAUGUCUCAAGAAGAAAUCGAAUUUAUCCAAUGUGGGGGUCCAGAAUAA